AUGUAUGUAUGGAACGAUACGAAUGCAGAAACUGAAUCCUAUUUUGAUGAUAAAUCUACAGACGAUGAGGAUGAAAAUGAGAUUAUGGCAAAUCUUGAAAAGCCCUCACGAUAUAUAUGUUAUAUUUCCCAUAAGAUUGAUUGGAGCAACACAAGAAUUGUAAAAGCUGCAACUAGCAUAAAUAAUUUUCUCGCUUUGACUGAUGAUGGCAAAGUAUGUUACACAAACGUUUCGAAAGAGGGAAUACAUUACAGUAUGCGUCAAGUCGAUAUCAAUGAGAAGAUUACGUGCAUGAGUUGCGGAACUAAUUUUUAUGUGGUAGUUACGGAUAACUGCAGAACGUUCAGUUGGGGGAUAUACACAAUUUUGUGCGGGGAAUUGAGUUUGAGUACUUCUUCUCAAAUUUUAGACGAAUUUCCUUUCAUAGUCGAAGAGCCACGUGAAAUGGCGGAAUUUGCAGGCAAAACAAUUGUCAAGGUAGUCUGUGGAAUUAAUCACACACUCGCUCUAACCGAUAAAGGAAAAGUCUAUGGCUGGGGUUUGAACAGUUAUAAACAAUUGGAUCUGAAUAACGGUGAUGACAUUUUGUCUCCUAUCAUGAUAAAUGUAGCUAAUGUAAAAAAAGUAUCGGACAUCGCCGUCAUUGGUUCCCAAAAUUUUGUCAAGUCUAACGAGGAUGGACUUGUGUAUACAUGGGGUUGUAUUUUUGAAAUAACAUUUAAAAAACCUGCCAUAUUUGAAUAUACGAACGUGUUUGACAUAUCCAACUCGGUGAUAGGUCAAUCGCCAAUAUCCGUGACUCGUGAAUUCAUAAAUGAAGAAUUUGACAUCCUAAACGAUUUGGAAACUGCAUUCAACGAUCCAUCAACGAGUGAUCUCACGAUAAUAGUCGAGAAACAAUCAAUUUAUGUUCACAAAGCUAUCUUGAAGAUUCGUUCUAUAUAUUUUAGAAGUAUGCUCCAAACUAAUUUUGUUGAAAAUAGUCAAAGCAUCAUCGAAACCCAUUAUUAUAGAUGA